AUGGAGCGUGUAAAUUUAUUUAAGAGGAAAAAAAUAGCUUUUGUAAGCAAGGAGGCUCGUCUAGGCCGUGCUCUAGAAGUACAACAAGAGAGAAAUGACAAAAGAGCCCAACAGUUUAACCAAGUUCGCGCUGUGCCCGACGUCCAGGAAGAUGUUGGAGAUGCUGGUAGUAAUUUGGAUCGUAGAAAGCGUCUGGAGCUCUGGAAAGCCCAGAAGAAUAUUAAAAAAAAAAUAGAGGCUACUAAAAAGAAACCCGCCUUCGUCGUCGGCGUGACGCGGCAUAAAAUUUACUCUCCCAAGUCAGCGGAUCCUCCAAUGCAGCACUGCCAUGGGAAAAAAAAUCCUCCGAAGAAGCCAUCACCGGUAAAAAAAAUUACUCGUGCUACUGCGAAGCGACUAGCCGCGAAAGCUAAAGGUGAGCUUGUUUCUAAAUCACCUCUCGCUCCAAAAUCUCCAGGUCCUGCUAGUAAAAUAAAAACUCCAGGUCCUGCUAGCAAGAUAAAAACUCCAGGUCCAGUUAACAACAAGACAAAAACUCCUGGUAAAGCUGUUGGGACACCUUUGUCUCGUAAAUUUAAAUUUAUUGCUCCCGAUAAUUAUGUUUUCAAGCCACCGCCAAGUAUUGAGCCGAUUCCACUUCAAACUGAGUGCUUCACCAAAAAAGAUUUGUCCUCCAGAAUCUCAAAACUUAUCGCCACCUCGUUUAAAUCUACUGAAAGUGAAAUUGGUAAGAAUUUUGGAGAUGGUUUUAUGGUUAAUGACAAAAUUAAAAAAUCAGAAGAUUUUAGUUUGAUGACGAAAUUUGACGUUGUUGAUUCAAAAAAUAAAUUGCAAGGUGAUGGAUCGAAAUUAAAAGAUUUACCAGCUGAUGUUGAACCGAAAAUUCUUAAGGCGAGAAAUCAAUCUCAGUUUGUUAAAGGAAAUAUUGACGAAACACUUGAUGUUAAAAAAGAUUUAGAAAAAUCUGAAGAUAUUUAUCAAGAAGUAGAUGCUAAAGUUUCUAAAUCUCCGGCUAGAAAAUCAAAAACUCCUCGAUCAAGGUCUCUAACUAUCAAUCAGACUGAGUCUGAGUCAGACAAGUCUCAAUUUAGUAAACCUGAAAUAAUUGAGACGAAAAAUCAACAUAAUAGCGAGACACUUAUCAAAGAUUUAGAAAAAUCUGAAGAUAUUUCUAAGGAGUUAAGUGAUCAAGUUUCAAUAUCUCCAGCGAAAAAAUCAAAACUUUCUCGAGGAAAUAGGAGAUGUAAAAUUAUCAACAAUCAAACUGAGUCUGAAUCUGAAGAUUUGCAAGAAAAUAAACCUGAAAUAAUUGAUACGAAAAUUCAAUCUCAGGUGAUAAAUGAAGUUGCCACGAUUGAUACUCCAGAAGAGGCUGAAAAAUCGGAAAAUAAAUUUUCAAAAUCACCAGCUAAAAAAGCAAAACUUUCUCGGCGAGGUAGGAGACCAAAGACCAUAAACGAUGAGAUAGAGCCUGAAUCAGACCAAUCUCAACUAAGUGAGCCCGAAAUUACGACACCAAAAAGUGAAGCUGAUGAUGAAAAAGGAAUUCCUUUCCUGGCAGCGUUGUCUCCGUAUAUAGUUACGGGUCGAGGAAACAGAGGUCGGAAAGAGCAACGAGACCGCUUGUUGAACAAUUCUUUCGGAGGAGAGAUUCCCACCAAAGAUACGGUUCAAAUGCUGAAUACAUCUGGGGAGGAUAAUAUCAAGACUGCCAAAUACUACAAGCACUUGCUGGAGCAAGAGACCAGUAAAUUGCAAGCUCUGUGUGACGAGUGGAAAAAAGUAAGAGACGAAAAUCAAGGAGAGGAAGGAUAUUUUAUUAUCCAGCAGGCGAUUGGCCAGUCAGAGCUAUUGAUAAAAAAAAAAUUCGGGAGGUUCAGCCGGCUGGUUGAUGAUUGCGAGUCCAACAACCAGGAGUUGUUGGUCAAGAGCGAUGAUCUUCGUGGGUUCUGGGAAAUGAUGGAGCCGGAGAUUAAAAAUUGCUAUGAUCGGUUUGCGAACGUUGAGAAACUGAAGGAGAAGAACUGGGUUGAAGAUGAGGAGGAACUUCCAGUGGUCGAGGUCAAGAAAAAGGGCAAAAAGGUUGUCAAGCCAAAGGUCCAAGGGAGGAGUAACAUGAAGGCUUUUAUUGAAGCAGCCAGAAAGAAGAAACUCCAAGCUGAAGCCUCGGCUGAUAAAACUCCAGAGGGAAGAGUUCUCAGGAGCCGGGCUGUUAAAACCCCAGAAGUCCAGUUGGAUAGUUCUAUUAGUUAUAUCAAUUCCCAUCAAACUCCCGGGAAAAGUAUUCUGAAGAAAAAGAAAACUGAAGUGAAAGAUCUCAAUAAAUCAUUGACUAAAGUUAAUUUUUCUAUUUGUCAAGAAAAUACUGACGUUGGUGAGAUUGUUCAGAAAGUGGCCAAUCAAGAAGCUGAUAAGCCGUCAAAAGCUGCCAAGAUGCUGAUACAGAAACUCUUUGGGAAUACUACAGGAGGACUCAGCAAUGUCAGUCGUGUGAAUGUCAGGGCUGCCAAGGCUCAGAUUAAGAAAGAGAAGGAAAACCAAAAUGAAUCCCCGGUAAAGACGUCCAAGAGGAAGUCAGGUCAUAAAUUGGCGGAGAAGGAAAACGCUACUACUCCCAGUAGAAGAUCUUCGAGGAGAAGUAUGAGGCUUAAUAUUUCUGACGAGUGUACGGCUUGUUAA